AUGAGAUUUGCUCCAGCAGAUCUACCGUCUGUCUACUAUAUGUACCAGGUCUUCCAGAUGAAGCUACUCACUUCUGCAGUCGCCAUCACGAAAAAGCCCCCUUCACGAACGCGAGACUCCUCGAAGACGAAGCGAAACGACGAAGUUACCGCCACCCAACGCCUCAAGCAUGUCGAGAUAUCAUUCAAGGAUUGCUUUCCUGCGCCAAUCGACCUCCCUGCUUUAACAACGCCCAAGAAGCACAGAAAACCGAACCCUAUCAUCAGCUAUCCUAUAGGAUCCAAUAUUCAGUAUACCUUCCUUCCAAACGGCCAGAUCAGCGUUGUGGCUGCAACGGCGGCGAAGCUUAGACGUUACCAGUAG